AUCGCGCAGCAGAAAGGGUGUCGUGUACCAGCCUCGAUUUCCCGCUCAAACUCGUUGCUCACAUCCCCCAACGAAAGAAAACAAACAAGUUUUUCCUUAAUGCAAAAUGGAUGACGAAUCCGACGAAUUUACAAUCCACAUAGCAAGAUAUAGACCGGAGGAAUUGCACAAGUUGGCUUCGAAAACAAAAUUCACGAAAAAGGAAAUCCAGCUUAUGUAUCGGGGAUUCAAACAGGAAUGUCCUACAGGAAUGGUAGACGAAGAAUCGUUUAAGCACAUAUUUUCUCAGUUUUUUCCUUUAGGAGAUGCAACAAAUUACGCACACUAUGUUUUCAACACAAUGAAACAGAAACAGUCCGGUAAAAUUAGUUUCGAGGAUUUCCUGAAUAUUUUAUCUAAAGUAUCGAGGGGCACAAUUCAAGAGAAGCUGCAGUGGGUUUUUGGCCUGUAUGAUCUAAAUGGAGAUGGAUUGAUCAGCAAGUCAGAGAUGGUAGACGUUGUAACAAGCAUUUACGAAAUGCUAGGUAGAGCAACUCAGCCAGCUGUAGAAGACAAUUCUGCAAAAGAACACGUAGAAAAAAUAUUUCACCUAAUUGACACCAAUAAAGAUGGAGUAAUAACAAUAGAAGAAUUAAUAAACUGGGUUUCGAGGGAUGACAGAUUUCUAAGAUCGCUCGAAACUCUAGACACUGUAUUGUGAUCAUCUUUAUACCUCAUCUACAUCCAAUCGUACCAAUUUUCAAAGUAUUUUACUAUCUUAUUUAUAGUUUAUAGAUUUGUACCGGAUUUCUAAGAAACUAACAUUAAAAAUUUCAUAUUAAAUGUAAGGAAUUGUAAGUGGCGUCGUCUCUCAUUAGAGAAUUAUUAAUUUAGCCUUGAAGUCAAAGAGAUUUCAUGAAUUCAUACACUAUUUUCAAUAUUUUAUAGAAAAAAUAUUUCGUACACUACUGACAAUUUCAAUUUGAAUCUCUAUAAGUCUUUAUAUUAAUUUUAUUACACAGAUUUUAUAAAAUAUUAGUCCUAUUGGUAUAUUAAGAGUUAAAUUAUUAGAAGUCUGGUCUAUUAAACAUACAGAGUAACUAAAUAUAACCGAGUUUAACAAAAAGAACUCUCUUAUACAAACGUUUUUAGUUACCCUGUUAAUGCUGUUAUAUUUAUAUCUUCUAAAAAUCGUUACCUGUUAACUAUAGAGAUGUGAUUAAAAAUAAGUAUUUUCUAAGACUUCUAAGUGACAUUUGUUAUAUUUAAGUAAUUAUGUACAGGGUAAAAACAACUCAAUCGAAGUUCAAAGGGUAUUAGAAGCUUUUAACAUCUUCGCAUGUGAUUUCCACGAUUCCAAUAAAAAUUAUUUUAAUUUAUCCUGUACAUAGACAUUAGAGUUAGUUUACGUAAAUAAACAUACCUAUAUUAAAAUCCUAUAAAAAUUUUCGAUAUAGAGACAUACAGCCAAUGUUUAUUAUUUUUCUACAUGUAGUUCAUAAAUUUUGAGCACAUAUUACACAGGAUGGUAAAAAAGUUGGUUAAAAGGAUAUUAAAAGUUUAAAUUAAUUUACCUAGUAAGUUUAUAGGAAACAAACUGUGCAUUAGAAUAGAGAUCAGUAAUUUAUAUUAUUUUCUGAUGAAAAAAUAUAUGGAACAUUACCAUCCUUGAUUAGAAAUAACCAUUUCAUAUAAGACAAAGCUUAUUCAUUCUAAUAUGUGCGCAUUCGCCAAAUAACUAAAAUGCAUUCACCAUUUUGUUAAACAUAUAGAAAAACCAAAUUUUCACAAAAAUUAAUAUAAACUGCAAUGUCUAGUUCCAAAUAUCAGUAAUA